CGACGGUAGACGCAGCGAUUCUGGGGAGUAAGGAGUAGAUCCUGGAUAUCCUGCCAUGUCCAUCACAUCCAUCUCUAUCAGCCUGCCUGACAGCACUUCCGUAGAGUCACUGCCACCAAGGAAAGAUCAAAUUAAAGCACUGCAAGCAGAAGUGACACACAAGGUUGAUAUUGGCGUUGCUGCUAUUCGAAUUCAAAGAGCAUGGAGGUGCCACCGCAACAAACAGAUUUUUAGACUCCUCAAACAUGCAGCCCGAGCGGCGGAAACCUUUGCAACAUAUGAAAUCCUCAAGAAAGUCAGUCCCCUGGAAGCUGAAUUACUAAAAGAUCCUGGGAUGCAGUGUAAAAUAAGAUUCAGAUUUGCAGGCUAUGAAUUUCCACCAUUCAUUGUUUUUAAGAUUUUCCACAAUUCUGGGGGCCAUGGAAACCGGUAUAUCACUGGAAAGAGAAUAAUUAUCCCUUCAAGUGAGGCUGCCACUGAUGCUUGCAAAUUGAUGGGACGCCGUGUGUAUUAUGAGCAAAUGAUCUGUGAUCAGCUUGAACAUGAGAAAUACAGAAUAACAGAUGUUGUGGAUGUGGCAACCUUUAAAGAUUACAUGCAAUAUACAAGUCACCUUGAUGAGACUCCAGCUCAUCAAGGAGGGAGGGAGAACUGCUGGAGAAGAUUAUCAUUGAAAAAUAUGCCAAGGACAACCAUCAUGUAUGACAUAGUGGACUAUGCAGAAUCAGGAAUCCUGUCCAGUAGACUCAAAGAGGAAAUGAAGCUUCUCCUUCAGUUACCUUACACUGAAGAUGUACAGCGCCAACAGCUUAGUGCUGUCACACAAGUCAGAUCACCCGUGCCACCCCCAUCAUCAGCCAUUUCGACCCACUUCUCAUCUCUCUAUUCUUUGGCACCAAGAAAUUCAUCCCGACGAUCACAUAAGGCUCGCCUAAAAGUAGCAAAAAUGAAGAGAAUUUAUGGUCCAGGAAAAGAACAGGAUCAGGAUGAUACAAGAGUUGUCAGCCAACAGCUAUCCUUGGGGCAACAACAGCAAUCAAACCAGGUUAUGUUUUCUGAUGAUGACUGGGAUGAAGAAGCAGAAAAACUUUAUGCUUGGAGUCAAAGCCUGUCUUUGGAAGAAUCUGAAUUGCCAUCCCCUGUACACCUGUAAAAGCUCUUAUAAUUUCAUUUCUACAAUCAGGUGUGAACUGUGUAAAUGAUAUUGAAUAUAUUGUACUGUGUAUAAUUGAUGAUUAGAUUGUGCCUUUUGAUAGGCUCUUCUGUUAUCUUUCUUUUGGCAAAAUAAUUAAUCUGUACAGAGAUAUAGGAAGAUAAAAUAUGGGGUUACAUAUGUUGUGUUUAAUGCAGCACAGGUGUCUCACACAACAUAAGUUGUCUCAGUUAAGUGUGUGGGCAUUUGAAAUCAUAGCCUGGUGGUGUAUGAUGGGCUACGAUAACUAGGCGUGCUGCCACUAUAGCUACUGAUUCGUUGCAGCUCUCACAAGCCGUUUAAGGCUAUGUCACCUCUGCAGCCAUUUAAACAGACCAGAGGUGAGGACUUGAGCGGCAGAGCUUGAAACAGCUGUGAAUUAAGGAGUAAGUAUAUGAUAGUUUAUUACUUUAACAUAUUUAAGGGCUUUAUGGAGCUUUUGAAAAAAGUCAGUCACACAACUCCUUUAAAGUGUAACGGUCAUAUUUGAGCUUUUCCCUUAGUUACGGCUGUUUUGAACCCAAUAAUGAGGGUCUUCUCAAAAUGGCCCCUCUACCAUUUCUCCGAGGCCAAAACUGCCUUCCCUCAUUUCACAUACACACUUUCUUUAGCCAGCAUCUUCCUGCCAGCCAAUCAGAUUGGAUUACUGAGAGACACGCCUCCUCACUCUGAAGCCUAAUGCAGGCAUGCAGUUUGGAGGACCACCCCUCUGUCUUCUGUUCACAUUGAAGGGAAGACAGAAAAGCCCUAGCAAUGGUCUUUUAAGGGACCAGUGGACAUUAAUGAAAGCUGUUAUUAUAAGGUAAUUACAGAUCUUUUGGCAGUCAUUGACAGACUAACUCAGGUAUACAUGCCUAGGUCUACUAAACUAGCAAAGUUUUAAAAAAAUAUGACAGUCACACUUUAAGACCACUAUUAUUUGCCUCACACAUCUUGCUCUUCUCAUAUUACCCCAUCAACAACCGUCCAGCACACAGAGCGUUUGCCCAAGUAACGUGAACAGUUUAGGUUUUCUUUUUUCUUUCUUUUUUUUAUUUAUUCAGGCACACAUUCUGAGCACUGGGUAAGUCGGCUCCUGUGCUGCACAGCUAUUGAUAUGUAGUCUUAUGAUCUUAAUCUUAGAUCUCUAGGCACCUAUCCAUAUAUCUUACAAAUAAAUGGAAAUAGGUCAGUUUGACCACCCCCUCUCCCAGUUUACACAAUAAUAAAUCCCCUGUACUUACCAUGGCUCAGGCUCUUUAC